AUGGCGGACGUGCGAUCACUGCUCCGCCAGCAGCGGGCGGCGAGACAGCAGGCGCCAAAACCCCAGAAGCAGUCGGCAGCUCCCGCAGCAGCACCCAUCUCAAAGAAGCGCAAAGCUGUAGAUGACGGUGCAGAGGAGAGGAAACGGACGCGCACCGAGGAGGAAGCUGGUGUCCCCGCCGGUUUCUUCGAUGCUGGGGCUGCCAAUGUCGAGGAUGAAGGCACACUCGAGCCACCCACCACAGCGCAGGAAGACGUCCCCACACCAGAAGUGCCUAUACCAGAGCCGACCUCACAAGCUGCACCACUCGACCCGAACGCCGAAGCCGACCUAGAUGCAUUCAUGAACGAAAUGCAGAAAGAGCCACCAAAGCCCGCACCCACCUAUGCGUCGGGCGCCGUGAUUGAAGCCAAGCCCAUGACGGCGGCUGAGAUCGCUGCACAAGCACGAGAAGACCAGAGCGCACAGCGAGCACAGAGGGACGAGGAGAUGGAGGGCGAGAAGGAGGAUGCUGCACGUGCACUGGAGGAUGAGUUUGAAGAGAUGGAGGGCCUCGAAGAGCGAGUAAAGAGGCUGCGGGAGCAGAGGGAAGCAUUGCGAUUAAAGCGUGGCGGGGUCACCGAAGUUGAGGUCGCUGCGCCAACUACAGAUCCAGUCCAUGACGAGGAAGGCAGUGAUUCAGAGGAUGAGGACUGGGACGACUGGAGGUUUCGCCCAGCUUGA